CGAAAAAAAAAAUUCUCAUUCAUCAUGUUGAGGAAUCUGAAAAAUAGGGUUCAUGUUUCCAGUAACAAUGCAACGGUGCGAUUUUUCACUUGUUCAUCAGUUGCUGCAGUUUCUAAUAACUCCAACCCACAAACCCAUUUCGAGGAACAAACCCGAAACCAAUCCGGAUCUAAUGUCUCUGUCUCUCCGGACACUAGGGUUUACAUCUCCGCGGUUCUCAAUUGCAGAAACAUCUUCGACGUUAAGAAAAUUCAUGCCCAUGUGGUCGUUAAUGGCGUUUUCCAUGUUCUCGCGAUCGCGAACAAGCUGCUUUACAUGUACUCGCAGUUCAGAGCCGUAGCUGAUGCAAAGGCAUUGUUCGACGAGAUGAGUGUAAAGGACUCUGUUUCUUGGAGUGUCAUGGUUGGUGGGUUUUCGAAAUCCGGCGAUAUCUUAAGUUGUUUGAGGAUUUUCCGAUUGAUUAUUAGGUCAGGUUUGAAUCUUGAUAGCUAUACACUGCCUAUGGUGAUUAGGGUUUGCAGGGACAAGAAAGAUGUCGUUGUCGGUAGAUUGGUUCAUGAUGUUGCAUUGAAGUUCGGGUUGGAAUCAGAUCGAUAUGUUUGUGCUGCGUUUGUGGAUAUGUAUGCGAAAUGUGGGAUGAUCGAUGGCGCACGUAAACUGUUCGAUGAAAUGUCUCAAAGAGAUCUCGUGACUUGGACUGUGAUGAUCCGAGCUUAUGCGGAUUCCGGGAGGGCCGAUGAAUCGUGGCUUUUGUUUGAACGGAUGAGAAAUGAAGGGAUUGUUCCCGAUAACGUCGCGAUAGUGACAAUCGUCAAUGCCUGUGCGAAGCUCGGGGCUUUGAACAAGGCAUUGAUAAUUCAUGAUUAUAUACGAGGGAUGAUUUUCAAGUCGGGCGUGAUUUUGGGGACGGCAUUGAUCGAUAUGUAUGCAAAAUGUGGAGAUCUCGAUGCUGCAAGAGAGAUUUUCGAUUCGAUGCGGGAGAAAAAUGUUAUUUCUUGGAGCGCGAUGAUAGCUGCUUACGGGUAUCACGGGAAAGCUAGAAAGGCUCUUGAAUUGUAUCGGAUGAUGUCAAAAAACAGGAUAUCUCCCAAUGGAAUCACGUUUCUUUCGGUGCUAUAUGCUUGCAGCCAUUCGGGUUUUGUCGAAGAGGGCCUCGAGAUAUUUAACUCGAUGCAUGAUUAUGGAAUUACGGCAGAUGUGAAGCACUAUACUUGUAUGGUUGAUCUCUUGGGCCGAGCUGGUAGACUUGAUGAAGCCAGUAGAAUGAUUGAAGCUAUGACCGAUGAAAAAGACGAAACCCUUUGGUGUUCUUUCCUCGGGGCUUGUAGAAUUCAUAAGAACGUUGAAUUGGCCGAGAAAGCGGCCAAAUCCUUGCUUGAAUUACAACCACAGAACCCGGGUCACUACAUUUUACUAUCGAAUAUUUACGCAAAUGCGAGAAAAUGGGAUGAGGUUGCGAAGAUUAGGAAUUUGAUGAACCAGAGGGGAUUGAAGAAAAUCCCUGGUUAUACUUGGAUCGAAGCAGAUAAAAUUAUACACAGGUUUAGUGUUGGAGAUAGGACUCAUCCUAGAUCAAAGGAGAUUUACGAUAAACUCGGGAAUUUAACCGAGAAGCUUGAGCUUGCUGGCUAUAUCCCGGAUACGAAUUUUGUAUUGCACGAUGUGGAUGAGGAGGCUAAGGCCGGGAUGUUAUCUUUACACAGCGAAAAGCUUGCAAUUUCGUUCGGUUUGUUAGCCACUCCCGAGGGUAGUCCCUUGAGAAUCACAAAGAACCUUAGGGUUUGCGGUGAUUGCCAUACGUUCUGCAAAUACGUAUCGGAAAUUACGGGGAGGGAGCUUAUUGUAAGAGAUGCAAACCGGUUUCAUUGCUUCAAGGAAGGUUCUUGUUCGUGUGGAGACUAUUGGUGAACCAAUUCCAUCUUCUUGGGAGCAUCUUGCAAUGGCAACUUUUGGUUUCUCUGCGUGAAGCUUCUGGUUUUGGUCAUGAAACAUAGCAAGUGGAAACAUCACCUCUGGCAACUAAACAGGCAAAUGUUCCACAUUUCCUCCACCUUUUGUCUGUUUUCGGUGGAGAGCGGUCGUUAACCAUUGCCAUUAGGUGCUAGUUUCCAGACCGACAUUUCGUUCAUUCUCUGUAGAAUUCUGAAACGACUUUGUCUUAGGCCUGCAGGUCCAUAUACCAAAAGAUGCAAAAGCCUUCUUCUGCAUUUAGGAGUCGAUACAAGGAAAAAGGGUUUUGUGGGUGUCUCAUCGUGUUGGGUUUGUGAGGUAAAGCGCGAUCUCGGGUUAUGUCCCAAAGCCUCUCAUACAUACGCCAUUUUAGGGAAAUGCCCCUUUGGCCAUUUUUGGCCUGAUUUUCCAUUACUGUGAAACCUUUGGUUGGCCUUUUGGUGCUCUUUUUGCCUUUUGCAGGAAGAGUUUUGGCUUUCAUUUCUGGCAUCAAGCAAAUCAAAUGCCCUCCAUGACCAAAAUGCAAGUCCUAUCACAUCGAAUUAUUGACGAACAAAGAACAUAACCAAUAUUAUAACUUUAUUUUCUUAAAUACUAAAGAUUAUGCACUUUUUCUUGUUUAUAGAGAGAGAGAGAAAAGCACCUGUUCUAUGUUGUUGUCUUUGAAAAAAAAAUAUAUAUUUCAAAUUAUGAAAUUUGUCUGGUUUUUGA